GCCUAUAAAAUGCGGCUGAAUCACCCUCAACCUCAAGAGUCCUCAACGCAAAAUCUAAUUAAGAAACAUGAAGUCUCUCGCCUCCUUCUGUUUCGUUUUCCUCUGCAUUUCACUUCUCCCUUCCUUCUCCUCCUCUUCCAUACUGUUCCAGGGUUUCGACUGGGCAUCCAAAGAUAAAGCAGGGGGAUUUUACAACUAUCUCAAGACCCAGGUCCCUUUGAUUGCAGAUCUUGGAGUCGACUAUGUUUGGCUUCCUCCUCCCUCCAACUCUGAUCCUAAGGGCCCUGAAGGAUACUUGCCGAAAAGAUUAUAUGAUCUUGACACCUCGAAAUACGGUAACAAGGAGGAAUUGAAGUCACUGAUAGCAGCAUUCCGCGAUAGAGGAGUGAAAUGCAUCGCCGACAUAGUCAUCAAUCACAGAGCUGCCGAGAGGCUGGACGAAAGAGGACUUAGUAUCUUCGAAGGUGGUACUCCCGAUGACCGUCUCGACUGGAAUGUGUCAGAAAUCUGUUCCGAUGAUACGCAGUUUCAUGGCACCGGAAAUCCCGACACCGGCAUCGGCUGGGGGGAUGUACCGGACAUCGACCACACCAAUCCCAGGGUGCAGCGAGAGCUCGCUGACUGGAUGAACUGGUUGAAGUCAGACGUUGGAUUCGUAGGAUGGAGGUUCGACAUGGUUUUAGGCUACGCUCCCAGGUUCACCAAAAUCUACAUGGACCAGACCACACCGGAAUUUGCAGUCGGAGAGCUUUACGAGAAGGUCACCAUGGGCUCAGACGGAAAACCCUUGGCGAACCAAGACCCGCAUCGUGCGAGACUGGUGAAGUGGGUGCAAGACGCAGGUGGGGCCGUCACGACCUUCGACUUCACAACCAAAAUGGUGCUCGGAGCCGCCGUACAAGGUGAACUGUGGAGGAUGAAAGAUGCGAACGGUAAGCCACCGGGGAUCAUCGGAACCGACCCAUCCAGUGCCGUCACCUUAAUCGAUAACCAUGACACUUGGUCACAGCAAACCUGGCCCUUCCCGAAGGAUAAAGUCACGCUUGGUUACGCUUACAUACUCACUCACCCAGGCCAUCCCUCAAUCUUCUACGACCACUACAUCGAUUGGGAAGAACAACGAGCGCCCAUAAAGAAUUUGACGGACAUCAGGAAGAGGAAUGGGAUAAACCCGACGAGCAGCGUCAACAUUCUGGCAGCUGAUGCUGAUCUGUACAUGGCUGAGAUAGACAACAAGAUCGUUGUCAAGAUUGGGCCCAACGGUGAUCUGAAGAACCUUCUUCCUCAAAAUGCGGUGCUUGCUACCAGUGGACAAGACUUCGCCGUUUGGGAACUUCAUUAACAGCCCUCUCCAAUAAAAUUGAUGUUGAAUCAAAAUAAUAUGUCAAUUUCUUCCCAUCAAUAUAUGUUUAACAUAAACAAAUUUCUUAUGGCUGCGUAUGAAAAACGACAAUAAUUGUAGCCAGUAGCCACAAUAGUUAUAUCCAUUGGCGUCACUGUACUUAUCAA